AUGUCACAGCUGGCACUACCAUACUGGAUGGAGUCCAGCGAGAAGGUCCAGGCACGAUGGAAGCUAGCUAGAGUACUGGGCUUGACCCUUGGCACGACGGGCAUCAGCGUUGUUUUCAACUACCUCGGCCGCGAUUUCUUCAACGCCUUAGCCGCCAAGGAUCAGGCAAAAUUCUCGGAGAUGCUGAUUAAGUACCUGGGGGCAAUUGUGGCCGGCAUCCCAGUAUUUGUCUUCAGGGAUUACUACCAGUCUCUGUUGGCUGUGGAGUGGCGUGAGUGGAUGACACGCCGUUUCACCUCCGACUACCUGUCUGGCACGUCCUACUACAACCUUGCCUCCUCCGGCACCGUGGACAACCCUGAUCAGCGCAUCUCCAGCGAUGUCAGGAACUUCACGGACGCGGCGCUGGCCCUUAACAUCACCCUGCUCAGCGCUGUGGUGGAUCUGGUGUCUUUCUCUGGCAUCCUUUACUCCAUUUAUCCACCCCUCUUCCUGGCGCUCCUGACCUACUCGGUGGGAGGGACGGGCCUGUCCUACCUGAUCGGGAAGCGGCUGGUGGGACUCAACUUCAACCAGGAGGCCCGAGAGGCAGAUUUCAGGUACGGCCUGGUGAGGGUGCGGGAGAAUGCGGAGAGCAUCGCGUUCUAUGGUGGCGAGGAGAGCGAGAGUCGGCUGCUUGGGAACCGCCUGUCGGGCGCCAUCUCCAAUCUGCUGGAGCUGCUGAAGGCGAGCAGGAACCUGGCCUUUUUCACCUCCUUCUACCGAUUCUUGAUCCAGCUGCUGCCGGCAGCGGUAAUUGCGCCCCUUUACUUCAAAGGAGACAUUGAGUUUGGUGUGAUCAACCAGUCCACCUCAGCCUUCAACCACAUCCUGGGCGACGUGUCCCUGGUGGUCUACCAGUUUGAGUCCCUGGCCGGCUUCUCCGCCAUCAUCGACCGCUUGGGGCAAUUCAGGGAGAUCCUGGAGGAUGAUGGAGGAACUGCAGCUUCACUUUCCUCUAGUAAGGAAGCGCCAGCCCUGGACAAAGGAAACGACAGCCCCGGCACGGCAAAGUUGACCAAUGGGGUCGCUACUAUCUCAGUGGUCGAGACGGAUGUGGGGAACACAGGGGGUGACACGCUGCUCACGGUCCAAGAUCUGACCCUCAUCGUCCCCGGCGGUACCAGCAGCAACCCCCUCCUCAUCAGCGCCCUGGAUCUGACCGUCAGGCGCAGGUCCUCCGUCCUCAUCAUGGGUCCUUCGGGGGCCGGCAAGACCAGCCUGUUAAGGGCCGUGGCGGGCCUCUGGCGCAGCGGCAGCGGCACCAUCCGCUGCCCGGCCCGGGGGUCAGGCCUGUUCUUUGUGCCACAGCGGCCCUACAUGGUACUGGGCACCCUGCGCGAGCAGCUCCUCUACCCGACCUGGACCACCGUGGUCAGUGGCCCCGGGGUCAGCGGCGCCGCCGAGUUUACUGUGGUGGGUACGGGGCGCCACAAUGGGAAGCCGCAGCUCCCGCUGCCCGACGACGGCCACCUGGUCGCCGCGCUGCAGCGCGCCCAGCUGCAGGGCCUGCUGGAAAGGGUGGCGGGCGACCUGGACUGCCAGGCCGAUUGGGCCGCCAUGCUCUCACUGGGCGAGCAGCAGCGCCUGGCGUUUGCCAGGCUGCUCCUUGCUAGGCCGGACCUGGUGCUGAUGGAUGAGUCGACCUCAGCGCUGGACACCGAGAACGAGAGCAGGCUGUACCAGGCCCUGCGAGACCAGGGCAUCACGUAUGUGAGCGUGGGCCACCGACCCACCCUGGUGCGGUACCAUGAAGAGGUACUGCAGCUGCAUGGCGGCGGGGCCUGGACCCUGCACGCCGCCUCCGAGGCCAAGCUGGAUCUCCUCGGCGCAUUUUGA